ACAAAUUAGUUUAGCAUCAACACUGAACCUCUUCAGAUUGGGGAAAUUUAAUUUCCUCUGCAUUUGUGGAAAUUUGUGAAUUUGCGAAAAUCAGUCCAAUCGGAGUAGAAUGUUCUCAAACAUAAUAUUACUUGUUAAUACAUUAUAAUACAUGACUAAUAUCUAUACUAGAAUGGUCCACGCGAAUUUAUAUAUCAGUGAAUAAUAGUGUUAUUAAGGCUAGAGAAAUAAUCAUGUGCAGUUUCCAAAUUACCAAGUUACCAAAAUGAAACCAACAGCAUAUAAUAUUUUAUUUGUCAGAAGUAAUGAGGAGAAUUUCACGCGAAAAUUGAACUACAUCCGCUAAUACCUAUUUCACCCUUAUUGACGUGUUUUGAAAGCAGACUUCAAUUAUCGAUUCGUUGCUGCUGAAUUAGAUCGGGUGAAACUCUUAUGUUUCCCCUAUUUUGCUUACCCUUAGAAUUUGUGGAAAAUUCCUUUUCAAUUUUAUGAUUACGAUUAUAAAAUAAUGUGAAAAUGAUUGAGUACGACUGCAAUUGUAUUGCGUGUAAUUGAGCAAUGUUGUUCGCGAAAAAAAUGCGGGGGUAACGGGGGUUAGUCAAAAACAUACAGGAUCAACAAUUAUGUUAUCCUAAAUUCGAUUAUAUUGACACAGUAUAUGGCUCAUAACGAAGAAACAAAAACAGUGUACAAUGGGAGUUAUGGUGAACGUGCAUAGGAAUGUUAAAGUAUAACAUAUUAUUGUGUAUUGACGGAGAACUGUUAUACAGCUCGAAGGAUGGAAUAGAAAAAAUGUGUAGGACGCACCAUAUCUUCACAGCCCUACACCCGCAUCAUAUAUUUCCCAAACCGCAGCAUUGUUGUGCGAGCUUAUCAGUUAUUAAAGAGUGUGCCAAAAUGGUGAAUAGAAUUCAUGUGGAAGAAAAUUGUGAUAAUGCACAUCAUGUGGGAUCGCACCACAAAGUGUUACGCCUUUACCAUCAUCGAUUUUUGAUCACCAAAUAAAUGCAACCAACCAUUCAUUUUCCUUCCAUCGAGAACAGUAAAGGUAGUUAAACAUCUCAGACAAUCUUCAUCCAUUCGCCGCAUCCAGAAAAAAGUUAAUACAAUGAACGGAACUGAUAAACGAAGUGAUGACCAAAUAAUAUAUUCUAAUGUGCUCCGAUGAAAAUUUGUGAGAUAUUUGAAAAUUGUUCAUACGAUCAUAAGAAAUAUAGCUAGACGCGAUGAUCGUUAUAAAAUGUUCCAAGAACGAGGUCAAAGCUAAAGCAUUUUCAUCAAGUGUACCCCUAAAUCUAAUUGCGUUACCAGGAACGAAGCAACAAAACAUUGCAAAUCGAGUAUCCCGAUAUAGGAACUUAUCAUCUUGAUAUGAGUUCACUAUUUAGCUCCAUUAAAACCUUCGCAACUGGCGGAAAUUCAAAUGCCGACACGCCACCGAUGCACAGCUAUUGUCAAGAAUCAGACGAAGUGAACAUUUGCGUUUCACCACCACCGCCGUCACCUCCGCCGCCAUCGACAUCAAACUCAGACUAUAAUUUGAAAAAGAUGGGAAUUCCUGAUGCUCAAUCGGAUUUCAACCAAUGGCUCCAUGCCAUGAAAAUGGUGGCGCGACUUCCUGGUGGCAUGCCAUCGGAGUUCCGCCGGAAGCUAUGGUUAGCCUUAUCGGAUCGCUAUCUGCAGACCAAAAACAUAGAAUGGGACAAAGAAGCAGAGAAAUGUUUAUGUGAUCGCUGGGGUGAAGACGAUGAAGAACUUGGUGCUCAAAUUAUAAAGGAUCUACAUCGAACUGGUUCUAGCUUGUGCUCGGGUCCGUCUGGAACAAUCAACCAAGCGAAAUUGAAACGUGUUCUGCUUGGGUAUUCAAGAUUCAAUCCAGAAAUAGGAUAUUGUCAGGGAUUCAAUAUGCUUGGAGCAUUGAUUCUACAAGUCAUGGACAAAAACGAAGCAGAUUCAAUCAAAGUAAUGAUUCUGCUUAUAGAGGGAUUACUCCCAGCUGGUUAUUUCUGCGGUUCCUUAGGCGGUUUACAAGCGGAUAUGGCGGUUUUCAGGGAUAUAUUAAGCACAAAGUUGCCAAGAUUGGCCCGCCACUUACACAAGCUACAAGGUCCAGAAGGAGCUUUCGAACCACCAUUAACAAAUGUCUUCACAAUGCAAUGGUUCCUCACACUUUUCUGCACUUGCCUACCCAUACCUUCGGUUUUGCGAAUUUGGGAUCUAAUUUUAAUUGAAGGCAGUGAUAUUCUACUACGAACCGCUUUGGCGAUCUGGGGUCUUCUGGAAGAGAGAAUUUUGGCAACCAAAACAGCGGAUGAUUUUUAUUGCAAGAUGGGAGCUCUGUCAACAGAUUUGGUGAAUGGCAAGAUGAUUGACGGCAAUGGACUUGUUCAAAGAAUUGUUGAUGUCGGACCCAUAGCAGACAUACAGAAAUUACGCGAGAAACAUCUGUACGGUAUCACCCAGCUGCAGGAAUCGGCUCAUCUCAGGAUAUUCUACUCGGACGAUGAAGGAGAAUCCGAUGAGGAUUCCCGUUUGGCAGUCACAGCAACCGCGUGGGGCCUUCGCUCUGGCAGAAGAGCCUCUCUCGGUAUCCCAAAUAACAUCCGAAGUGCUUGCGAGGGAAAAGAAAAAAUCAAUCUCGAUAUUUCACUGCUCAAAAAGCAAUAUGACAAACUGAGAGAACGACAACGACAGGCACACAUAAUAUUAACGGCUGCUGUAGCUAGACAUCCAGUUCCCAAUACGCAAAGUGGUAACUCAUUGCAGGUCAAUCAAUUACUAAUAGGCAAAAAUGCUCUGCUCAGUAGUAAAGGAAAACGACUGGGACCACCACAAGGUUCUGUCCCUCCGAUUAGAUCACAGUCCAACAAGUCCAACAAGCUACCCAAAUCGGGAAACGCUAAACCGCCCAAGCCAAUAGAAACGUUACACUGGAAAGAUAUGGAUGAGAAACAACACAAGGGAAGCAUAAAGAAGAAAGACGUUAGGAAUCCGACCGCCAAGGAUGACAUAGAUGCAUUGAAAAGGGAAUCUCCGAAACUUACGAAAUCAUCUAGCGCCUCAUCAGCUAUUAGUAACAUAUCUGAAACAACGACCUCUUCGAUCGGUCCUAAACUACGGAGCGAAUCAUCGUCUUACAGUGAAGAAUCCGAUGAUAGCUCGAGUACCAGCACAUCCCUUUGCGACGACGAAAAUCAGUUACUAAGUACUUCUUCGCUCGAGGCCUCACCAAUGAAACGACGACUAACACCUGACAGUAUCAAAGAAGUGCCUGAUGAAGAACAGUUGGUUGUGACUACCGAAAAUUCAAGUUUUUCUAAUUUUUCAUUACUAGUUGACACCCAACGUAGUGAGCCAACUCUACCGGACAUAGCAGAGGAAAGUUUUUCAGAAACACAAAACAGCUCUACUGAAAUGCCUUUUUCUGUAAAAACAGAUGGAAUGAAGACAGAAGAUUCCAAAAUACCUCCUGAAAUUUCAACCAUCGGGCCAACAGAACUGAUGUCAAAUCCAAAUAAAUCGCUUUCAAUUGCCAUAACUAGUACCAGUCAGCUAUCUCCGAUUCCAGAUAUCAGUCAUUAUGUCAGCUUGUACACAAUAAGCCCAUUGAAAACUCCAUCAUCAAUUAUUGAUUAUUCUGACUACCUUAACAAUAUUCCUAGCGAAAAUACAAUCACGGCGAAUGCUCAAGGCACCGACAUUAAAGACGCAAUAUCAUUCAAUGUAAGUGACGAAGGAGUCACCAAUCAGUUAUUCGAAAGAAUGAAUGCAGCCGACCGACCUAACAAGUUAGAUUUAAACAUAGCUGAGGACCGAAAGGCUAGCGAAUCGCUAAUCGAUACUACCGAAUAUAUACUAGAUCAUAGCGAUAAUACAUCAAAGCUUGAAAACUACAGCUUCACAAAUUUAUCCAACAGAUCUUCAAUGACUUCACCCUUCGCUCUGGAGCCGCCUGUCAGAUCAAUUAUACAGCAAAAUUCACCUCCUUUACCAGCUAGUAGUGAUAUUUCAUUCAUACCGUCUGAGAUGACACCGAUCAUUCACACAGUUACUAGACAAUAUCAGAUUGCAGAUGUUCCUACUCCACCUUCGAAAGAAACUCCGGACGACGUGGAGCAAUAUUUAGUAACCCGCAUGAAAUUUAUGAAAGAAAAGUCUUUCUCCAUGGACGAUCCUUCUAAAUACAUUGAUAUACACCCAGAAGAUAUUUCAAAACGCUCUGCGUCGGAAGGAUUAGUGUCGACUGACAUAAAUAUGUAUAAAAGCAGUAAAAUGUCUGAAAUUAUCAAAGAAAAUUCGUUAAUAUUGGACCGAAUCAUAAGAAAAACAAUUCUACCAGAUGAAGUGGAACUAGAGGAAACAAAACUAAUGAGCACGAUUAUCGAAUUGCAACCAAAAACAAAAGCUUCACAAGAGGCAGUCAAAGUAUUGGAUGACUUCACAACCAAGACUGAAUUUGCUAUAUUCACUCAAAAUAAUUUGCAAAGUAUGGAAAUAACAGCGAAACCAGCAAACCCCGCUGAUAUCUCAUCCGAUGAAGGGCUACUUCCUUCAAGUAAAAAAUGCUGCGUUGAUUCAGAUGCUAAUUCGAAGAGUAAAAUCUCUAUAGAUUGUACAUCUGAGCCGUUUCCACCUAAAGCUGACCAGGGAAAAAUGUAUUCAUCCAGCUCAAAUAAGAUUUCAUCCAGUAAUGAAAACAUCGAAACAAUGGAAUCGUCGGAUGAAACUAUAUCAAAAACUGAUCUCAUAAUAAGAAGAACUGAGGAACAGUUGGCCAGGUUCAAAGAACCCGAACCGACAUAUUAUGUUCGGAGCGAAAAUUUCCGAGAAAUUAUCGUACCUGCAGAGGAAGAGGAAUUUCAAGAGAAACAUAACACUAAGAAUGUUCUAACUGAACCGGUAUUCAGUGUUGGCAGCACUGACACAAAAAUGUCUCAAGUGGCUCUUACCCAAAAAUGUCCUGAAAUAGAACCAUCGAAAGCUCUCGAUAACACUGUAAACACUAUAGACAAAAAGGAUGGUAGGAAAACAACUGUUAACGAAGAGCUUCGCGAACCACUAAUAUUCACUGAAAUUGAUAUCAGAAAAACGACUCCAUCAAAAACGGAUGAGCUAAUUAAAAAAACUGAAGAGCAACUAGCCCGCUUUCGAACUCACGACAAGAAAGUGCUUGAGAAACUGGAGAAAAGACUGUCUUUGAUCGAUUUCAAACUCGACGAAACGCUUCCUAAUUCCGAGCAAACAAUCGAACGAAGAUCGUCUAGUAAGGCCGAAGAAGUAAUAAAAAAAUCUGAGGAGCAAAUAUCACGCCUAAAAAUAGAAAGUUCUUUUAUAACUAAAAAAUCUCCAACUCGUUUGAAUAUUGACGACUCGACCAAUGAGGGGAAGUUGAUGGUCUGUUCGUCCAAGACCGAAGAAAUAAUCAAGAAAACCGAUGAACAACUAGCCAGGUUCAAAGCUGCCGCAGAGAGUAAUGCAGAGAAAAGAAAGAGUCGCCAUGAAAUAGAUGAACUACUACAGCAGAAAGCCUUCUGUUCUGAUGCGAUGGUGUACAGUUCUUCUGAUAAUAGUCUGGAUAACAUUUCUAUUAGAGAUCCAGAAGAAGCGAUAAUCGUAAAGCAUGCUCAAGCUGAAAUCAUGAAAGCUAUUAAAAUUCCCGAAGAUGUCAAAAGUUCUAAGACCGAUGCUAUUAUCAAAAGAAUCGAAGUAGGGAAACUGAAACUCGGUGAUGAUUAUAUUACGACUAUCAAAACUAUUGAUUACCUUAAGCAAUCGAAUGCUAAUCUAUCCGCCACACUUUCAUCGAUAGAGAGUUCAAUUAAAGCUAUCGACGGGUUAUGCGAACAUGACUCGGAGAUUCAAUCCAAUCGGAUAAAUGAUACUAUAAACAAUCUCGAAAAAUCGUUUAAACAAUUUGAUCAAAUAAACUCAAAGACACCUGUUGUAAUGAUUCAUGAUUUCUCAACAAGCCCACCUGGAGGACGUUGCAGACCAGCUUGUUCCAACAGACCAAGUCGAUCCCGUAAAAGAAAAGAAUAUUCGCCACGCCAUAAAAAAGAGAAAGAUCAUGAUGACCGGGGAUGCAUAAAUCUACAUACAGAAAAUAGUAGCGAGUAUUCAUCAGAUAAUCAGUCUGUGGAUAAAGAGUCUAUGAAAAGUUACACAUUCUACUCAUACUACAGCACUUCACCACCAAUCACUCCAAGAUUAGUUUCACCAGAGAACCUGCCUUUGGAAUGCACUGAAAAUACUCAUCCAUCAACCUCCAAAAGCAUAUCCAAGGAUACAUGCACUCAACAAAAGGACACGCAAGUAAUUAAAUUUGACAAGUCACCUUCGUCGCCCAUUAUCAGUAAAUCGUACUUGGAAUCACUGAAACCAGCAACUCCAAUUGCAUCAGGACGUACGACACGUUCGGCGGAGAAUUCGCCACCUUUUCAUCCCCAACAAACCACAGCAUUCCAUCCAAGUGCACCACAUUUCCUAAGUAAACAUGGUGGUCUACUUCGUCAGAAAUCAAGCAACGAGAGUGAUCACUCGCACGUCAAGAGUUGUGACAACAUUCUAUUGCGAUUCGACUACAAAAAUAUAUCAGCGAUCGCAGCUAGCUAUCCAGUUUCUAGUGCCCUGUUACCAUCGCCAACGAAAUUUCGUAGUCUGGAUUUCAACAACGACCCUGCGCUUAGUCUCAGCCCUGCCUCUACGCCAAACAAAACAUUGAACUAGGCAUGUAAUUUUACGAUUAUGAGAAAUGUUUCCCCUGUGAUAUACAACUAGCUAUAAAUAUUUCUAAGCGGUAUGUAGUUUAAUUUAAGAAAUUCGAUUACAGUUAGAAAGGAAUUAGAGUGUUUUUAGGAUAGGAAGCAGUUGAUACGUCAUUAUAUUCAAACAUCGUCAGUUUGUACGAUGACAUAUAAAUGCGCCGCUAUUGACGGAUCCAUCUGCUGACCUCGAAUCGAAACGCUUCAUAAUUCCCUGUAAUCUGACGUAUUAGUUUACGCAACAUAAAAUCGGAGAAAAUAGAGAAAAUAUUCUAAUGUUUUGUUGUUCACAUAUCUUUGAUAUACAAUACAUUCAAAACCCUUGGUGGAUGAAAGGAAUGCGAAGACAUAGAAUUGCGGUAUCUCUCGUAUAUGCCUAGAGUCUCAUGCUUUCGAAAAAAUAUGGUUUCAGCAGUUCCUUAUACAUAAAAGUCCCACCAAACCCUAAUUAUAGUCUACACAUCAUAGCUUUCUAGUCGCAUCGUCAACUCUGACACUCCGCCAAAUAAAAAACCGAUAUUUUUUGCAUUUGGGAUUCUCGAAAUACAUUCACUUCUCAUCGUCAAUUCAAUGCAGAUAUCUCUCUCCCUCUUUUUCUCUCUUUCUCUUCCCUCUCUCUCUUUAUCUCUCACUCUCUCUCUCUCGGCAGACGGAUCGUUAUCCACGUUGUAUAGGGGCUCUUCCCUGUUUUAUUAAGGGGUUAGGAAAGCUCUACCAACCUUUCCUGGGAAGGGUUAACCCAAACGUCGUGUGGAACUCUCACCCACUAAAACCAAACUCUCUACUCGUAGCAUCAUUCCGUCCGGGACCACAUCUUGGCGAUUACUUUGGGGGGCGACUGUGCUCAUGCACUUCACCUGUUGUUGAUACCCUUUUUUCUGUUUUCGUUUCGUUUCAUUAGGGCAGCAUCCCGUCAAGACGUGCAUCGAUUAGGAAUUGCCUUCCAACUUUACACGCAACAGUAACCCUCGCGGGAUUUCUCUUCUCAAUGGAGCGCCAAUUAGGCAAUGCCCUCCAACUUAACAUGCACUCCAUCACAGCAACUCACAUGGGAUAUGCACCAGUUUAGUGACGUCCUUCUUGACGCUCGCUCCGUCAGAAUUGUUGAGCAUGAUUCUCGUCAGUACUUUGAUUGCCUUCGUUGCUUUUUUAGAAGCGUAGUCGACGUGACUGCUGAAGUUCAGUCGAUCAUCGAUCUGCACUCCCAGCUAUUCCAAAUUUCGCAUCGAAGUUAUCGAGUGCUCUCCGAUGGUGAUUUCUGCCCGUUGCACCGCCCUGCGGUUACUGGCAAUCAGCAUUUUCGUCAUGUGGUGUGCUAUCUGUAGUUUCACACGUUGCAUCCAACAUCCGAACAUGUCUAUCGACUCGGUUGCAAGCAUUUCCAAGGAUUCUCCUGUCACGUGGAUGACGAUGUCAUCCGCGAAGCCAAUGAUCUCCACACUUCUGGCCAGAUUCAGUUUUAGUAGGCCAUCGUACUGCGUUCGGAAUUAUCAAUUUUAUCCUUUCUAUAUGGCGUGGGUGGCCAGGUCGCCAGGUGGCGGAAAUAACCCUUCCACGAAAACUUUCAGUAUUUCAGGACACAUUUCGAAAGGUGUCGUUGGGCCUCUGAGCUUCACCAUUAGCACUCGGUAGACAUUGCCCAAUGGAUUGACGUCCACGUCUCGGUAUAACUCUCUGAAGCAAUAAGAUUUACUCCGCUUAGUCGCCCGUUUAAGAGUUUCUCUAAAUUCCACUCUCCGCUCUUCUCUGGUGUCGUUGCUUGACCGUUGGAAGCGUCUUCUGGCGCGAAGACGGUUGGCCUGAAGCACGUCAAGUGCCUCACUCAACCAAUAGACUGGAGGUCGCUUAAUACCUGGGUUCACUUUUUCUUGGCAUUGUUAUAUCACAUGUUUUUGCUAACGUUUCCGUCAGUUCAUCCGCGUUCAUGUUCAAGACGCCGCUCUCCACGAGUAGUGAUUCGAUGAAAAGGGCCUUGUCAAUGGUUCUUGUCUUCCAACUGCGCGGGUAUGUUCUAUUUGUCCUUACUGUAACGGAGUUUUGUUGGCCAAUGGUAUAAUGGCGAAUGGCUUGAUGGUCACUGUGGGUGUAUCUUUCGCAUAUCCUCCACCUCAUUUUCCUCAUUAACGACGGACUGCAGAAAGUCAGGUUGAUGAAGGACUCUCGGCCAUCUACGUACGCGGAAGGUACUAGUAGUGCCUUCGUUGCACAAGGCCACUUCCAACUUGAGCAGAGCUUCCAGUAAAGUAGUCCCUUUCGCGUUGGUGCAUCUGCUUCCCCACUCUCCUGCCCAAGCACUGAAUUCCCCUCCUUUAACGACUGGUUUUCGUUCGGCGAUCUCCUCGGUGAGGACAUCCAGCAUGUAGUGGAACUGGUCCAUCGUUCAUCUGAGAAGUGUGUAGCAAUUGCAAAUGAAAAUUCCGUCGAUCUUUCUGAUUACGAAACCCUCGCGAGACCUCGAGACUACCUCCUGAAUGGAAUAUCGGCCAAUGACUUGGAUGGCGGCCAUUCUCACUUUAUCCGUCACCCAAUUACCGUUACCGGAGGGAACGUUAUCGGUGCCGCUCUGGUCGUCGUUGUCACCCAGCUCUUCGCUGUCGCCCUGGGUGGCAUUAUCGUCUUGAUCGUCGUUUUUGUGAUCGUCCUUGCGUUUUUUAAGCAAUUCUUCAUCUGCUGGUGAUUCCUUUUUCCUUUUAUCCGAUCGGUUUCGUGGAAUCUUUGGCGUCAUCUGUCCAGCUGCAGCUUUCUGCAAGGCUUCCGUGAGUGCUUUCUGAGCAGUUCUCGCCUUUUCGACGAGUCUAUUGUGCUCCUUCAUAGUUAGUUUCAAGAGAAAUCUUAGACCUAACAUCCUGGACUUGAUCUUCUUAUGUACGUUGGGUUUGUCCUGCACGAAGGUGUAGAGUUCUCUGACCCUCGUCAUGAUCGUACUCAGGAUGCUAUUUUCAGUCAGUCCUCCUUCCCGGGUUAAACUACUGCUGGACUUUGGCAGGAAAAGAGGAUUGAUCCUCCGACUUUGCUGAGUCUUAGGUAUUCCUCCAUUACUGCCACUAGAGCCUGGUUGUACAUAGUCGCCUUUUUGUGAUCCCAUGGUUGACACGGUCCUGUUGUUAACGGGACGGAAGGAACCGCACUAUUACCCCACACGCCGUUUCAGGAAGGUAUAACCCUUACUUACUCAGGGAACAGAGUAGCACAAUUGUCGGCCUUUAGCGUCGCAUUUUAUCCGUUUCCGUGCCAUGUUCGUUUUCCAUAUCAUACCAAUAUAUCGUGAUUAGGAUCUUACUGGUGUCGAUCCUGAUGUGCUUGGCACUCCUUUCGUUGCUCCUGUAUACGGUAUUUCUACCGUGCAUUCUCCAUAGGCUUUACCACGCCCUUACCUGCGUUGUCACCCGAUUAGUCGCCUUCUACGACAGGGUCCAAGGGACCAAGAUCCAACUGGCUAUUCCAGGCCGGCGGCUCCACGGAUCACGGCUGAAGCAGUUGAGAUGAGCCCAAUGUACGUUGCAGUUCGUUCAGGAAGGCACUGUUCUUCGUUGGCAUUUUCUCGAUUUUGGAAAGGUGUGCGAGCUGCCUGAAUUCAAAAUUAUUCGGCAUCGAGGAAUAAUCAACCCUGUUCAUAAUUCAUAAUUAAUGUAGAUGGAGGACUAGACGAGUACCCUCGUUAUAAAAAGAUCAUGGAUAUUUUCGAUUUAAUCUCGAUGCAAUAUUUGUUGCUACAAAUGAAAUGGCUCCUCUUUCCCGAGAGUUAGCAGGUUCAAUACUUCCUCAUGAUCAUGACGAAUCUCACUUGGAUGAAAAACUCAAAACCAGGGUCCCGGAACUGGAAAUGAAACAUUUUGAGUAUGCAUUUUGACUGACACAUUUUAUGUUAGCGUUACGUAAUUCAAAUGUGAGGGGGGUUUAUCGUGCAUUACUUAUUGUUACACAGGGGGAGGGGGUCCAAAACCCGCUUUUUUAGCGUUACGUAAUUUGUGUACCACGCCUUAGCAGCGCACUUAAUAGUUUAAAUGGUUGAAUUGCCGCUAUGUAUAAUGGAUACACGUAUUGACACGCUUCGUUUAGAAGUUAGCAUUCCCUAAAAAUCAUACGCAUUCGUCAAUAGUCAUGGUAUAUAUGUCAUCUCACAGAAUCAUUAGAGAUGCAAUACAUCUAGAUAUUAAUCGAUCCAACUUAACCAUGUUCUCGAUAAUACAUUUGCUUAUGUUCAAUGUUCCGAAAACGUUCAUAAUUUGAAGUUCAAAAGUUUCAUUACGAAAGAAAAUAUAUCAAAUUUUCACGGGCUCGUGCAAUAUUUAAGGUUCAUUAAUCCAAUCCAAUUUCAAACAAACUGUGAAUUCGCAAGAGAGUCAACGGUCAAGCAUGAUCGAAAUUGUAUAAAUAUUGGAAUGAUCUAAUUAAAUUGAAGUGAAGUGAUAUCCUCUAUAUUAUUUCGUAUUGUAGAAUAACAAGAAGAUGCAGUCCUUUUCAUUUGAAUAACAUUCCUGUUUUAUACCCAUAUGCACCCCUUUCGAUUGUGUCGUUUUGCUUUAUGAAUCUAUUCAUGCCAUCUAUUUUCUAAAGAAUCAAAACUGGAAAGUUUGUUUUUCUAUAAAUUAUAAUUUUGCUACUAUAAUUUGUUCGUAAUAACGCUACAAUCCAAUUGGCACCAAACUGGUAGAUUAUAUGGUUCUGGAACCAAAUAACCCUCCAUAUUAUCCUGUUUCUGCGAAAUGUUAUGUUAGGUUUUGAGGUUGUACUAUUGUUAGAAUCUGGAGUGAAUAGCAUAAAUAUAAAUUAAUUCAUUCGGAGGUGGCGAAAUUUUGAGGCACGCGUCGUAAUACAUUCCCAUAGUAUUGAAUUGUGCGAAAUGUUCGUGCCGAUUUUUAGAAAUAAAUUAAAAAAAAAACUUUUAAUAGAUAGACAUACAUUAAAAAAUUCCCUCUUCCUAAAACUUGUUUGAUUUUUAGUAGAAAAUAUGCUUCUUUUGGCCGUCGGAGGAAUGGAUGUUUUUGUCCUCAAGAGAAUUUUGCAAUUUUUUGAUUUUUUUUUUUUUUUUGGACCUGAACAUCUAUCUAUAAUCCAUAAUACCAGUCAAACUAAAAGAAUGGUCGGGUAGCUCUAAUGGAACACAACCUCUAGCAUACUGGGUAAUUCUAGACGAUUGUCCUGGACCACUAUCUUUUAUUCAUCCAGUUGCAAGCAGUGCCUGUUGGAAUGUAUCGAUUGGUUGCUCCCAAUCCCAAACACAGAGCAUUACUUUAAUCGGGUGAAGACCGACUUUGAGAGUGGUGAUUUCGUUCAUAUCGCUUGCCAAAAAAAAUCACUCAACAUUGUGUGGUUUUUUCACCACUCAUCAUGCUUUGCUUAAAAAAAGAGUGUUUUCUUCUAAGUCGUCGUUGUGAAUGCGGCACGAACUUUCCAUGCAAUAUUUUUCUUCGAAUAUUUUUGACAUUCUAAGCAUUCUAAAAAAGUCUAGAAAAAAUAUAAGUUUUACAUGUUGCGUGAUAAUAAAGCUUUCCACUUUUUUUAAUUGUUUUUCUUAGUUCUGUAGAUAGUUCUUCAAUAAACGUUUGAGUAAUACUGACUAAAAUCAGAAUUGUAUAAAAAAAGUUGAGUGAUGCUAGAACUAUAAUAAUGAGUAGAACAUCUUUGUCGUCUUAUGAUUAGUUAGUAAAUGUAAAUGUACUUUGAAGCAGAAGCGUAAAAAUAUUCUGAAAAUAUUCCACAUUAAUUGGAAACACUGUAUAUGCACUGGAAAGCUUCUUAAAUGACUAAUUUUCAAGAGAUUUGAAAAUCAGGAACCGAGGAAUAACAUACUCCACGUGAGUGAAUAAAUUACUAGUCAAUAUGUAUACUAGUCGUGGUAGUUUAUAUAAUGUUAAGUUUCGAAUUAAUGCGACGAGAUGAUGUUUUGUAUCAGGUCUGACCACGUGUAUUAAACAUAGUAGAAAUUGAAAA